GAUGUCUUUUAAGUUUUGCAUAUGGAAAUAAAACAACACGGUAGGUAGUUUUAAAUGACUUUAUUGUUUUUCGAAGUAUUCUCCACGAAGAUUAGUUCGAACCAAUUUUCGAAGGACUUAUUCCACUCGUUUGCUGGCAGAUCCAAAACGGCAUUUUUGAAUGCGUCAACUGCUUCUUGUGGUGACUGGAACCUUUGACCACGCAGUCUAUUUUUAAUUUUCGGGAAAGUAAAGAAAUCGUUAGAACUUAG